UUCGUCCAAUCAUAAAUCACACCUUCUUCCAUGAACGGCGUUUAAUCAAAGCUGCCUUCUCAGAUGGUUGCGCGGAUGGCAUCUCCCUGUUUGCUCUGACGGUCCUUAGAGGCAAUAUUGUCCGACAUCCUGGCAAGGAGGUCUGGCAAGGGGGUGUAUCUAGCCAAACAAACCCAUGAACGCUUUCCUGCAGAUGCGACCUCCUUUGUCUCGGAGUACGUAUCUUCCCAUCCACAGGGUCGUACGCCGGACAGAAUGGAGGACAACAGCCGGUAGAUGCUCUUCUCCUGUUUGGAGACAAGCGAGCGUAGGAUCCCUGAGGCCACGAGACGCACCGGAAAAGAUGAACCCGGAGCGAAACGAAAGAAGCUGCAAACUCCUUCGCUCCAUUUCGCGCAAAGAGGCGUUCUGGAAGCAUACAUCUACGUGCCAAGAACGCAAAGCAUGCUCGCAAGCACCUCAAAAUACGCGACCAUGCCCGCGACAGCCUUGGACUGCGCAGCGGCUCACAGACUCGGCUGACGUUCCCAAGCAGGAAGUCCGUAGUGUGUGCUCACAUUGCGUCGAACAUCAGAGGGAGAAGGUUUCGGCUGUACAUCGGUCUACAGGGCCCCUCGGCGUUAUGCGAGAGCUCAGGCCGUCACGGACUUGAGUAGAUCGUUCAUUCAUUGCAGGACAUGCACAGUCGGUAAGGCAGAUCCAAGCAACACACGCCGCAGCGACGGUCCGACGGAAGACGGCAACACAAAGUGAAAAGCGAGCGAAAUGAAGGAUGCAAGCUAGCUCGCCAACCUCGCGGUCCUGUUCUCGCGAGGUGGUAUCUGGACGCACUUUCCCAAUAUCACUCAACCCGGUCACCGACGACUCAGCUCAGCUCCGCAGCCUCAGCUCCUCGCACAUCGAGCCUUCUGCCG